UUCUUCAUCAGCUUGAUCUCUUGUACUACUUUAUGAUACUUCUUAGAGGAUCAUUUGUUCCUAACUUUUGUUGUUUUCAGAUAUUGGGUGAAGGUAGCAGAGGCCAAUAUGAUUGCUGAGGGAGGCUAUUUUGAUGGUUCCGAAGAUGCUAUUCUCAUGGCAGGAUCACUGAUUCACGAUUCCCUGGAGUCAAUCUGUGACAAUACAGAGAUUGAACAGGGAAACUUUCAUGGCGCCUCCUUCAUAGAAGAUGUCUGCAAUCCAACUAAUCUUACCUCUGAGCCUGCACAAACAAUCAACCAUAUCCAACAACGAGCUGGACUUGCCAUGCAACAGAACCUUCAUGGCCACAUGAUACAAGAAGAGACACAGGUAGAAACCUCAAACUGGGUUCCUUCAAUCUUCAGUAUCCCAAAUCACAUCCUCAGUCACCAGUCAAUGGAACAACAAAUGAAUGACUGUGAUGCUGCAUCAUAUCCAAAUGGUGCACACACAGCUGCGCCGGAUCUCCUAAAUCUUCUACAGAUCCCAAGGUACAGCAUGACUCCUGCAUUCCCUUCGACAAAAUGUAUCUUCGGUGAUCCAGGGCAGGAUGCUGGCAACCAUUUGGACAUCCAGAAUGAGGUUCUGGGAGGAGGAAUUCAUGACAUUGGGAUGAUGCUCAGUGAUUCAACUCUACCGUUGCACUAUAAUGGUAAUCAACCUCAGCUAUUCAAGGAUCUCUAUCAUUCAAUUCCGCAAAGUUAUGGGCUGUUUCCCAGUGAUGAUGAGAGAGAUGGAACGAUGGAGGUAGUAGGGGGUGCAGGAAAUAUUUUCCAAGAGAUGGACGGGAGGCAGUUUGGUAGUCAAUUACUGGGAAGAAAAAGUAAGAAAGGUGGCUUUGGCAAAGGAAAAACUAACUUCGCAACUGAAAGAGAGAGGAGGGAGCAGAUAAAUGUAAAAUAUGGGGCUUUAAGAUUACUGCUCCCAAGCCCUACUAAGAAUGACAGAGCCUCCAUAGUUGGAGAUGCCAUUGAAUACAUCAAUGAGCUCAACAGAACGCUGAAGGAACUAAAGAGCUUGGUGGAAGAGGAUACAAAAUAUAGGAUAAAGAGGCUUAAGUUGGAUGACACAACACCUGAUGAUGGAGAUAGCUCGUCGCUGCAGCCAGUGAGAGACGAUCAAGAGAAUCAGCUGAAUGGGGCUACAAGGAGCUCCUGGAUACAGAGGAGGUCAAAGGAAUGCCAUGUUGAUGUCCGCAUAGUUGGUAAUGAAAUCAACAUCAAGUUCACUGAGAAGAAGAAGACUAACUCUUUGCUUUGUGCUGCAAAGGUUCUAGAUGAGUUUCGUCUUGAACUCAUCCAUGUUGGUGGGGGGGUUAUUGGAGAUCAACGUAUAUUCAUGUUCAACACAAAGAUACCUGAGAGCUCCUCAGUCUAUGCAAGUGCAUUGGCUAUGAAGCUCCUUCGAGCUGUGGAGAUGGAGCACCUCGCUGCUGAUAUCUUCAGUUAG